AUGGAGUACCGGUAUUCUACAAUUAUUGACGCUUCUGCUCACGACAAGGAGGGUCUCUGCAUCGGCAUCGACCUUCGGACGCAUGUGGCCGCCGACCUCGAGGAUGUUGGCGCGUUCAGGGCCCAGGAAGACUGGCGCCGCCUCGUUGGGCCUCUGAAAAACCCCUACGGCGGGCUUUUAGGCCCCAGUUUUAGCUUCAUCACUGUCGCAGUGCCCGAGUGUCUACCCGACAGAUUGGAGAUUACCAGCUACGCUCUCGAAUUUGGAUUCAUUCAUGACGAUGUCAUCGACAACGAUAUCCAGAACGCAGCUCUAGACGAAAUAGAAGAGACAUUGCAGAAAGGUGGUGAUCUUAAGGGAAGAGCUGCGUCUGGAAAAGCCAAAAUCGCAGCUCAGAUCAUUCAGGAAAUGAUGGCAAUCGACCAGGAGAGAGCUAUGACUGUUGCCAAGAGCUGGGCCUCUGGCGUCCAACACUCCAACAGACGGCAGAAAGAGACCGAUUUUAAGACCCUCGAGGAAUACAUCCCAUACCGGGCCCUCGACGUUGGCUACAUGCUUUGGCAUGGACUUGUGACGUUCGGCUGCGCCAUCACCAUCCCAGACAACGAAGCCGAUGAAGUUAAACAGCUCCUCACGCCUGCUCUUAUCACUGCAUCCCUCACAAAUGACUUAUUUUCAUUUGAAAAGGAGCGUAACGACACCAACGCGCAGAACGCGCUUAUAGUCGUGAUGAGAGAGCAGGAUUGCAGCGAAGAAGCAGCCAGGGAGAUAUUGAAAGAGCGUAUACGCGCUGAGUGUGCCAACUAUGUCCGUGUCGUCAAGGACGUUAGUGCUCGCACAAACCUCUCUCUUGAUGCACGGAGAUACAUUGAGAUCAUGCAGUACACCUUGUCGGGCAACCUUGCUUGGAGCACUCAAUGUCCCAGAUACCACAAGGACUCCAAAUUCAGUGAACUUCAGAUUCUGAGGGCGGAGCAUGGCGUCAAAAAAUACCCUGCGACAUGGUCUCUUACGGACACAAAUAAUUGCACUGCCGCCAAUUUCCUGCCUCAUAAUGGCCUCAGCAACAAACCCACGAUGGUGAACAGUAUCAUGAGGGACAACGCCGAUGAUGUCAAUGAUACCAAUGCUGCAAACGAUAUCAAUGGUGUCAGUGACGCCGAUAGUCCCAGUGCUUUCAACGGUGUCAACGGUGUCAACGGUGUCAACGGUGUCAACGGCGUGGAGAAUCUGGGAAACACGCUCAAGUCAGUAAUGGGAUUGCCUGUUUCUAGAAAUGCCAAGUCUUCCGCCCUUGACCGUAGUCUAUCGGACCUGGAUGAUAUUGUUAUUCUUCAGCCAUAUCAUUACUUGAGGUCACUCCCAUCUAAAGGCGUCCGGGAUCAGGCAAUCGAUUCUCUCAACAAAUGGCUACAUGUGCCCGUCGAAUCAACAGUUAGAAUCAAGAGUAUCAUCCAAAUGUUGCAUGGCGCCUCUCUCAUGCUCGAUGAUAUCCAAGACGAUUCUCCACUUCGCCGUGGCAAACCUUCCACCCACAGCAUCUACGGCACGGCGCAGACGAUCAACAGUGCGACAUAUCAGUAUAUCCAAGCGACAACUGUGGCUUCCCAGCUCAGUAAUCCCGCAUGCUUCGGCAUUUUCAUCGAAGAGAUGCAGCAGCUUCAUGUAGGACAGAGCUACGACCUAUAUUGGACGGACAAUACGCAAUGCCCGUCCAUGUCAGAGUAUCUGAAAAUGGUCGACAAGAAGACUGGUGGCAUGUUUCGUAUGCUCACAAAAUUGAUGCUUGCUGAAAGCCCAAUGAUGAACAAACUGCCCGAAGGGGGCCUCAAUCUCUUCAGCUGUCUGAUUGGACGCUUUUUCCAGAUCCGGGAUGACUAUCAGAACCUUACCUCGGCUGACUAUGCCAAGCAGAAAGGCUUUGCUGAAGAUUUGGACGAAGGAAAGUACCCCUUCACACUGAUUCAUUGCGUCCAGACGCUGGAUUCACACACCAGAUUCGCGAGGGACGCCAUGCAUCUACAGGCUCUUCUUAUGAAGCGAAAGAUCGAAGGCAAGCUAAGCAUUGAAAUGAAGAGAGAGAUACUUGAUAUCAUGGAGAAAGCAGCAAGUCUAAGCUUCACGCUUCGCACUUUGAGAGAGUUAUUCAGUGAGCUAGAAGGAGAGGUUGCGAUCUUGGAAGGGAAGUUUGGCAGAGAAAACCUUUUGCUCAGGGUUAUGCUAGAAAUGAUUAAGGUAUAG